CCUGUGCCCAACGCCGGGGUCCUCUUGCUCGUGCCAUGCUGGCGCCUAUCUCAGCUCCCACUGCGGCGGUGGGCCGAAAGCUUUCGCUUUCGGCCUCUGGCAGACCAGCGGACAGGGCGCCAUCCACGCCGCUGAAGAGGGCAGUGCCACUCGUGCCACUGCUGGCCAUCAGCCAAGUCAAGCGAAGGGGCUGGAGAUGUGCACGGCGCAGCUUUGCGGCUCGCUUGAGGCAAUACUUCGUCAAGCCAGAGGAGCAGCUGAAGGUGCUCCCCGAUCUCCUUCAGACGCUCCAGGGCGUGUACGAGGCCAAGUUGUUGCCGCUGGAGCGCAAGCUCCAGUUCGGGAGCUUCUAUGACAGCGCCGAGCUGAGCUCUGCGUACUUCACCUCGAAGCCGAUGGUGCUGGUGCUGGGGCAGUACUCCACUGGGAAGAGCACUCUCAUCUCGCAGCUUUUGCAGGCGGAGUAUCCGGGCAUGCGGGUGGGCCCGGAGCCAACCACGGACAAGUUCGUGUCCAUCAUGGCUGGCCCAUCACGCCAGCAGCUGCCAGGCUUCGCGCUGUGCAGCAACCCUUCGCAGCCCUUUGGACAGCUGAACCGCUUUGGCACUCGCUUUCUGGAUCGCUUCGAGGGCGCCCUGAUGCCAGUACAGGAGGUCCCAGUGCUGGGGCUGCUGAGCCUUGUAGACACGCCCGGGGUUCUGAGUGGCGACAAGCAGCGGGUGGGCCGCAGCUAUGACUUCGAAGGAGUCAUGGGCUGGUUUGCCGAAAAUGCCGAUCUUGUCCUCGUGCUGUUUGACCCCAACAAGCUGGACAUCAGCGAUGAGUUCCGGCGAUGCUUGGAAGCUUUGGGGAAGAAGAGCAAGAGCAAGGUACGUUUCGUCCUCAACAAGGCUGAGAAGCUGGAUCACUUCGACCUAGUGCACGUCUACGGGGCUUUGAUGUGGUCCUUGUCCAAGGUCAGCAACAACCCCGAAAUGCCCCACGUCUAUUGCUCCGCUACGGAGGAGCAGUGCAAGGGCCUGUCCGAUGAGGCCAAAGCCUUCUUCCGGAAAGAGGAGGCGGAUUUGCGCCAGGAAGUGUGGCAGGUCCCGCUGGACAACACCACGCGCAAGGUCAACGACCUGCUGCGCCGGGGCCGGCUGCUGCGAUGUCACGCGCUGCUCACCAGCUACCUGCUCACUCUCCGUGGCUUUUUGCGUGGCCGGCGGGUGCUGCGGGAGACCAUCGCAGACCCGGCAAAGUUGGCAGCUGCAUGCACCCACGUGGCGCAGACGCAUGGCGUUUCGCUGCAAGACUUCCUUCCAGCGGAGAGCAUGACAGAAACCUACUUGAAGUUCGGUGAUGAGAUGAUUCAGCAUGUGCCGGCCGAGCUGAUCCAGCAAGCCGAGGAAGCCCUGAACACAGACAUCCCGGCCCUUCUGGAGCGUGUGUCCCAGAAGAGGGAGGAGAUGAUUCAGCAGGGUAUGCCUGGUGCAGAUAGUCUGCUCCGUGCAACUCCCGGCGAGAGUGCUGAAGCCGAGAAAUCGGAGCCGAGUAAAGGCUGAGCCGGCCGAGUCCCGAUCUGACAUGGGCGUGUCCCCAGAAA